GAACGAUGGAGGCCGCGCCCGGGACCCCCCCGCCGCCGCCAUCAGAGUCGCCGCCGCCGCCGUCGCCGCCGCCGUCGCCGCCGCCGCCAGCAACGCCUUCGCCGCCUCCGUGUGCCCCCGACGGCCGCGCGGCCACCCCGCACCUCCUCCACCACCGCCUCCCGCUCCCUGACGACAGGGAGGAUGGUGAGUUGGAAGAAGGUGAACUGGAAGAUGAUGGGGCUGAGGAGACCCCGGAUGCCCCUGGGGGACAAGAGAGGAGCCGGAAAGAAAAGGGGGAGAAGCAUCACAGCGACUCGGAUGAGGAGAAGUCUCACAGGAGACUGAAACGGAAGCGGAAGAAGGAACGGGAGAAGGAAAAGAGGAGGUCGAAGAAAAGGCGGAAAUCCAAGCACAAACGCCAUGCAUCCUCCAGUGAUGACUUCUCAGACUUCUCGGAUGACUCCGAUUUCAGCCCCAGUGAGAAGAGUCACCGCAAGUACCGGGACUAUAGCCCCCCAUAUGCACCGUCCCACCAGCAGUACCCCUCAUCACACAACACGCCCCUGCCCAAGAAGUCCUACUCCAAGAUGGAUAGCAAGGGCUACAGCAUGUAUGAGGACUAUGAGAAUGAGCAGUAUGGAGAGUAUGAGGGGGAUGAAGAGGAGGACAUGGGCAAAGAAGACUAUGAUGACUUCACCAAAGAGCUGAACCAGUACCGGCGUGCCAAGGAGGGCAGCAGCCGCGGCCGAGGUAGCCGAGGCCGGGGCAGGGGCUACAGGGGCCGUGGAAGUCGAGGAGGAUCUCGAGGCCGAGGAAUGGGCAGGGGCACCCGAGGCCGAGGGCGAGGCUCCAUGGGAGAGCACCCUGAGGACGAAGAGGACCUGUACGAGGAGGAGAUGGAAUAUGGAGAAAGUGAGGAGCCCAUGGGAGAUGAUGAUUACGAUGAUUACUCCAAGGAGCUGAACCAGUACCGAAGGUCCAAGGACAGCCGAGGCCGAGGGUUAAGUCGAGGCCGAGGCCGGGGAGCCAGAGGAGGUCGAGGGAAAGGGAUGGGCCGGGGUCGAGGUCGAGGCAGCAGAGGGGGAAUGAGCAAAGGCGGGAUGAACGAUGAUGAAGACUUCUACGAUGAUGACAUGGGCGAUGGUGGUGGUGGAAGCUACCGGCGGAGCGAUCAUGACAAACCCCACCAGCAGUCUGACAAGAAAGGCAAAGUCAUCUGCAAGUACUUCGUAGAGGGACGAUGCACGUGGGGAGACCACUGCAAUUUCAGCCAUGACAUUGAACUUCCGAAGAAGCGAGAGCUGUGCAAGUUUUACAUCACGGGGUUCUGUGCUCGGGCUGAGAACUGCCCCUACAUGCAUGGCGACUUUCCCUGUAAGUUGUAUCACACCACUGGGAACUGCAUCAAUGGUGAUGACUGCAUGUUCUCCCAUGACCCGCUGACCGAGGAGACACGAGAGCUCCUAGAUAAGAUGCUGGCUGAUGAUGCAGAAGCAGGUGCUGAGGAUGAGAAGGAGGUGGAAGAGCUGAAGAAGCAGGGCAUCAACCCCUUGCCCAAGCCACCUCCAGGCGUGGGGCUCCUGCCCACCCCUCCACGGCCCCCUGGGCCCCCAGCUCCCACCUCUCCUAACGGCAGACCCAUGCAGGGUGGCCCCCCUCCCCCACCUCCACCCCCUCCCCCACCUCCUGGGCCGCCUCAAAUGGCCCUUCCCACACAUGAGCCACUGUCACCACAGCAGCUUCAGCAGGACAUGUACAACAAGAAGAUCCCCUCUCUGUUUGAGAUUGUGGUGCGGCCCACAGGGCAGCUAGCUGAGAAGCUGGGCGUGAGGUUCCCUGGACCUGGUGGACCCUCAGGGCCAAUGGGUCCUGGCCCCAACAUGGGACCCCCAGGGCCAAUGGGAGGACCCAUGCAUCCUGACAUGCACCCUGACAUGCACCCCGACAUGCACCCAGAUAUGCACCCUGACAUGCAUCCCGACAUGCACCCUGACAUGCACCCCGACAUGCAUCCCGACAUGCCUAUGGGUCCUGGCAUGAACCCUGGCCCUCCCAUGGGUCCUGGUGGCCCCCCGAUGAUGCCUUAUGGUCCUGGAGACUCUCCACACUCGGGAAUGAUGCCUCCCAUCCCUCCAGCCCAGAACUUCUAUGAGAACUUCUACCCACAGCAAGAAGGCCUGGAAAUGGAGCCGGGGCACGUUGGGGAUGCAGAGGACUACGGGCACUACGAAGAGCUGCCGGGGCAGCCUGGGGAGCCCCUCUUCCCAGAGCACCCUCUGGAGCCCGACAGCUUCCCCGAGGGAGGGCCCCCAGGCCGGCUGAAGGCGGGCGCCGGUGUCCCCGACUUCCUGCCCUCGGCCCAGAGGGCCCUGUACCUGAGGAUCCAGCAGAAGCAGCAGGAGGAGGAGAGAGCGAGGAGGCUGGCUGAGAGCAGCAAGCAGGACCGGGAGAAUGAGGAAGGUGACACCGGAAACUGGUACUCAAGUGACGAGGAUGAGGGGGGAAGCAGUGUCACAUCCAUCCUCAAGACCUUGAGGCAACAGACGUCAAGCCGACCCCAGACUUCAGUUGGGGAGCCAAGCAGCAGUGGGCUGGGGGACCCACGCCUGCAGAAGGGACACCCCACAGGAGGCCGGCUGGCUGACCCCCGCCUCAGCCGUGACCCCAGACUCAGCCGCCAUGCAGAGACUUCAGCAGGCACUGGCCCAGGGGAGUCAGGGCCCUCUGACCCUCGGCUGGCCCGUGCCCUGCCCACCUCCAAAGCUGAAGGCAGCCUCCAUUGCAGCCCUGCAGGCCCCAGCAGUUCAAAAGGACAGACCCCUGCAGAAGAGGAGGAAGGGGAGCGGGCCUUGCGGGAGAAGGCCGUGAACAUUCCCCUGGAGCCCCUGCCUGGGCACCCACUGCGGGACCCUCGCUCGCAGCUGCAACAGUUCAGCCACAUCAAGAAGGACGUGACGCUGAGCAAGCCCAGCUUCGCCCGCACUGUGCUCUGGAACCCUGAGGACCUGAUCCCCCUGCCCAUCCCCAAGCAGGACGUCCCCCCAGUGCCUGCUGCCCUGCAGUCCCUACCUGCCCUGGAUCCCAGGCUGCACCGCUCCACACCUCCUGGACCUCCCAACACCCGGCAGCGUCCAGGCUCCUCAGAUCCCAGCACCCCUGGCUCUAACCUGCCUGACUUUGAACUCCUCUCUCGAAUCCUCAAGACCGUCAACGUCAACACCCCUGGCCAGAGUGACAAACCCAGUGACCCCAGGGUGCGGAAGACCCCUACCGACCCCAGGUUACAGAAGUCAGCAGAUCCUGCGGCAACGUCCCGUGCAGCCAAGCCCUCUUCCAGCGAAGCAUCACCUCCUGCUGCCAGCCCAAGUGGAGACUCAUCCCCACCAGCCACGGCUCCCUACGACCCCCGAGUGCUGGCAGCUGGUGGCCUGGGCCAGGGCAGCAGCAGUGGGCAGAGCAGUGUGCUGAGUGGCAUCAGCUUGUAUGACCCAAGGACUCCCAAUGCGGGUGGCAAAGCUGCAGAGCCAGCCUCCGACACCAGUGCUCAGCCCAAGGGUCCUGAGGGCAAUGGCAAGAGCUCAGCCUCCAAGGCAAAAGAGCCCCCAUUUGUCCGCAAGUCUGCCCUGGAGCAGCCAGAGACAGGGAAGGUCAGUGCAGACGGCGCCACAGCCACAGACAGAUACAAUAGCUACAACAGGCCCCGGCCCAAGGCCACUGCAGCCCCCACAGCUGCCUCGUCCACCCCGCCCCCUGAGGGGGCCACACCCCAACCUGGUGUGCACAACCUGCCAGUGCCCACCCUCUUUGGGACUGUGAAGCCAGCCACCAAAACAGGGACAGGAAGCCCAUUUGCUGGCAACAGCCCUGCCCGUGAGGGUGAGCAGGAUGCGGGGUCCCUAAAGGACGUUUUUAAAGGCUUUGACCCCACAGCCUCCCCCUUUUGCCAGUAGUGUCUAUGGGGGCCAGUACUCCCUCCACUCCACCACCCUUCCAGGGUGACAUUUAAGGGCAGCAACCAGAGUUAAUGGGUGGGGGACAGGCAGGGUGUUCUUUCUUUACAUUUUCUUCCCUUUUUUUCAUUUUUAAGUAGUACUUUCUUUGAGUCAUAAAUUGUAUCUAACCAUCUUGGGUUCUGGUCAGUGCUGCAGGCUCCUGGGCUCCCUCUGCCCAGUGAGCAGCUUGUACCUGCCUUGGACCGUGGCAAGUACCCAGCCUGGGGCUUCCCCAGAACUAAGGGAAGUUGUAAGUGUCUGGGAAGGCACUAAAAGCCACUCGUCGCUCACUCACCCCGCGC